AACACCAAUAUCAUACAUUUUAUUAUAAUUUUUUAGAACAGACAUAAUAAUACAAGUACACAUGAAAAUUAAAGUACAGAUUUUAAACAUUUAUUUUAAAAGUAAACACACCAUAACAGCGUAAAUUAAAAUAUUUAAAUAGUAGUAGUUCCACCAAAGGCCACCUCAUCACCAAUUUCAGCAUCAUCCAUGUAGAAAUCAGACACGUCAAAUUUAGGCAAAAUUGGAUUGAUAUCAUCAGCAUAAUUAGCCUCCACACUUUUUCCUUUUCCUUUUGUGGAAGCUUGGAUCCCAAAUUUGGGCAAUCACAGAGCAUACUUCUCAUAGUUUUUGAGAAAAAUAUUUUAGUUUGUUUAUGAAGAAAAUAAAAUAAAUAUACCUUCUGAGAAGAACAAGGAUUCUGAGAUUUUUGAGCAAAUUCGUGCUGAUAACGUGUUAUAAAAUGAGAGAAAAACUACUCAAAGAUUAUGAGAAUAGAUAUAAUAUAUUUCUGAUUUCUUCUCUCUAUUAACUCUUCACUCUUCUUCUUAUUCUUAAUGGUGAUUUGCAGGGAUCCUAAGCCUCUUAUUUAUAGUAGAGAGGCUUAGUGCUAACACUAUUACAAAUAGUAUACAUACUAUACAAAUGACAACUUGAUGGUGAUGAUGGACAAUUUGUUCCUGCAACUUAUGAUGGAGCAUAAUCUAAUUAAUUGAUAAAUGAACAAUUCAUAUUUUUUCUUAACAUACUCCCUAUUAUCCAAUAAUAAAAGAAAAGAUAUAUUAUCAAUAAUAAAAGAAAGGAUAUGCAGUGAUUGGACCAACUACCCAACGAUAUUUCCAAAGUCAACCUGAAACGCACUCCUUUAUUCCUGGGGAAAUACCCACCGGCACCGCUCUUUCCUCCCCCAGAGACGAGACGACGCCGGAACAUUUCCUCACCGGAGGUAGAGCAAAAGGAGGCGAGAAUGUCCGAGCAGCAAGUGUUCGUCGGCGCAAUCGAUCAAGGCACUACGAGCACCCGUUUCAUCAUCUACGACCGUUCCGCUCGACCCGUCGCAUCGCACCAGAUCGAGUUCACCCAGUUCUACCCUCAAGCCGGAUGGGUGGAGCACGAUCCGGUGGAGAUUGUGGAGAGUGUGAAGGCAUGUAUUGCUAAGGCGGUCGACAAGGCCACAGCCGACGGGCACAAUGUGGAUGGUGGUCUCAAAGCCUUGGGCCUCACAAAUCAGAGAGAGACCACUGUGGUAUGGAGCAAAUCCACCGGGCUCCCUCUCUACAAUGCCAUUGUCUGGAUGGACGCUCGCACUACUUCCAUUUGCAGAAAACUGGAAAAAGAAUUGGCUGGUGGGAGAACUCAUUUUGUUGAGACAUGUGGUUUGCCCAUAAGCACGUACUUCAGUGCAAUGAAGCUGCUAUGGCUAUUGGAGAACGUGGACGCUGUCAAGGAAGCAGUAAAGAAAGGGGAUGCGCUAUUUGGAACGGUCGAUACGUGGUUGAUUUGGAACAUGACCGGAGGGGUGGAGAAUGGCUUACACGUCACUGAUGUGUCCAAUGCAUCAAGAACUAUGUUGAUGAACCUCAAUACUUUGGAAUGGGACAAGCCAUCGCUGGAUGUAUUGGGAAUCCCUCCUGAGAUUUUGCCGAAAAUCGUUAGCAACUCAGAGAUCAUAGGGAACAUUGCCAAGGGAUGGCCAAUCACAGACAUUCCCAUAUCAGGCUGUCUUGGAGAUCAACAUGCUGCAAUGGUAGGGCAAGCUUGUCAAAGAGGUGAAGCAAAGAGCACUUAUGGAACUGGUGCGUUCAUACUUAUUAAUACAGGUGAGGAGACAAUCAAAUCAAACCAUGGACUUUUGAGCACUUUGGCUUAUAAGCUGGGGCCAAAUGCUCCUGCGAAUUAUGCAUUGGAGGGUUCUAUUGCCAUUGCUGGUGCAGCCGUUCAGUGGCUAAGGGACAGUCUCAACAUAAUCAGCAGUGCAAGUGAGAUAGAGACACUGGCAUCUAAGGUUGAUUCGAGUGGGGGAGUUUAUUUCGUGCCUGCAUUCAAUGGGCUGUUUGCUCCAUGGUGGCGCGACGACGCUCGAGGAGUUUGUAUUGGAAUCACAAGGUUCACAAACAAGUCUCACAUUGCCCGAGCCGUUCUUGAGAGCAUGUGUUUUCAAGUAAGAGAUGUGCUGGAGUCGAUGCAUAAAGAUGCUGGGGAUAAAGGUGAGGUUAAGAAUGAUCGCGGAGAAUUCAUUCUGAGAGUUGAUGGUGGCGCUACCGUUAACAAUCUUCUAAUGCAGAUCCAGGCGGAUUUGUUAGGUAGUGCAGUGGUGAGGCCAGCGGAUAUAGAGACGACAGCGCUUGGGGCUGCUUUUGCUGCCGGAUUAGCCAUCGGAGUAUGGACGGAAGAGGAAAUAUUUUCUUCUUCCGGCGAGAAAAUGGAAAAGGCCACCGUUUUCCAUCCAGUGAUCGAUGAUGAAUUGAGGAAGAAGAAGGUGGAUUCUUGGUGCAAAGCUGUUGAGCGAACUUUUGACUUGGCCGAUCUCUCUCUGUAAUCAAUUUAUUCAUAAAUGACAUUCUCUCUUAUUUUCGUCUUCUUAGCGUUUUUUUGUUUGUUUACUCAUUCAUAGAUAACUGUUACAUUGUAACUCAAAAGCACAAGGAAAAAAACCCCGACCAAUAAUUUAAGGAAUACCUGUAGCAGCCUCUUUUGCGACGAAAAUAAGUUAAAAGAUGAAAAUUGUUGGCAGCCACUUGGUCAGAUCUAAGUGAAAUUUACACUAAAUACUAUUAAAACAU